ACUGUCAAAUUCAAUAUAGAAAAAAUGAUUAAAAAAACAACCACCUUACCGUUGCCAUCACCUUAUUAAUAAAUCAUAGUUUAAUAACAAAAUACAUAAAGAAAAUAACAGAGGCAAGGUUCUUUUUUUCAUUGCAACCACAAAGAGCAGAAUGGAAUACGUCGAUUUUAACGCUAAAGGUGCCAGAAAUAAUAGUGAAGAGAAUAUCGAAAUCAGAACAAAUACUAUAAAAUGUUGUGAAUGUGGGGUAUCCAUACAACCCAAUUCCCAUAAUAUGUGCUUGACGUGUUUACGUGAACAUAUUGAUAUAACCGCAGGCAUAUGUAAACAAGUCGAACUGCAGUUCUGUAAAGGUUGUGAUCGUUUUUUGCAACCUCCCGGUGAGUGGAUAAAUGCCAAAUGGGAAUCCCGCGAACUGUUGGGCCUAUGUCUAAAAAAACUGAAAGGUUUAAAAAAUUUACAAUUAAUUGAUGCAUGUUUCAUAUGGACAGAACGUCACUCAAAACGUCUCAAGGUAAAAUUAGUAGUAGAAGGAAAUCCCGCGGAUUUUUCUUCACUACGUCAAGGUGUUAUUAUCGACUAUACAAUUCAAAAUCUUAUGUGUAAUGAGUGUCAUCGUGUCGAAGCCAAGGAUUAUUGGCGUUGUGUAGUUCAAGUGAGGCAGCAUGCGGAAAAUAAAAAGACCUAUUUGUAUUUGGAACAAUUAAUUCUGAAGCACAAAGCUCAUGAAAACACCUUGGGUAUUAAGCCAGUGCACGGAGGUUUAGACUUUUACUACGCCUCCGAAAAUCAUGCCCGUAAAAUGGUGAAUUUCUUAGAGAGUAUGGUUCCUGUAAAAGUAACGCCAUCAAGACGUUUAAUUUCACAUGAUCAAAAUAGCAAUAUUCAUCAUUAUAAAUAUACUUGGUCCGUAGAAAUUGCUCCUCUAUCAAAAGACAGUCUAGUUUGCCUGCCGCAAAAGCUCAGGCAUCAACUCGGCAACUUGCCACCUUUGUGUUUGGUACAUAGAGUUACUCAUGGAAUGCAUCUGAUAGAUCCAAUGACAGCACAAUUAUCCGAAUUAAGCGGUCUAAAUUAUUUUCGAUCACCGUUUUCUGCCAUUUGUAAUCCAAAGCAACUGAUUGAAUUUAUUGUAAUGGAUGUUGAGCCGUUCCGUGAAAAUGAUAUUAAAAAUGCGCCAGGCAAGGGUCAAAAAUCAUGCCGCCAUCAAUUAUGCGACAUUUGGUUAGUGCGUGCAUCGCAACUAGGUACUAAUGAAAAUAUAACACAUACUCGUUCACACCUGGGUCAUGUUCUCAGCGUGGGUGAUUCCGUUAUGUGUUAUAGCAUGAGGGAAAUUAAUAUCAAUGAGGCAGAGUUUGAUAAAUUGCAUUCAGAUCAAAUUCCCGAUAUAAUAAUCGUUCGUAAAUGUCACGAUCGUACAGCCCGCAAUAAGCAACGGCUUUGGAAACUUAAACACUUAACAUAUGGCCCGGUGGACGAACGUAUCGUCAGAGAUAAACUUGACUUUAUAGAAGAUUUGGAAGAUGAUGCAGAGAUACGAAAAAAUGUUAAUAUAUAUCGAGAUCAUACGAAAACUGUUUUGAAUGAUAUUGAGGGUGAAAAAACUGACGCAAUUACACCUGUAGAAUUAGCAGAGAUAAUAGAUGAACUCUCUAUAAAUACAGAUGUACCAUCUGCAAAUGAGGAAUGUGCAAUAGAAGUACAUUGAUUAAAAAAAAUGUAUUUCACACUUAAUUUUAUGUUUAAGAAACAAAAAAGCUAUGUUAUUAAUGUGUACAAAAUAUAUCGUAAUUUGGCUCCAAAUGAGUCCUAGUUUCGAGUAAAGUGUAUAUUUAAAUUGAUUGUAUUACUUUUUAAAUAACUUAGGUCUACUUAUAUAUUGAAUUAAAAAUUAAGCGCUAAAUAAAUUUUAACUUUUUUAGGAAAAUUUUAAAA